UUGUUCAAAGGUACGUAUCCCACGUUCGCAACAAUCGUCACUUCCAACGAUUGGGAAGAUUUCGGCUUCUUCUUUUAUGAGUUCACGAAACCAGUCUCAGGUUUGUUUGAUUCCCCAGAUUUUUCGCACACAGUUUCUCCAUUCGGAUCUCAACUGGGCGCUGCAAAUUCCGAGGAUUUGACCCAUCUAGUUUUACCGAGAUCUGCCUUUUUGUUGUCUUCUGUUAUGGUUCGUGUACAUGAAAUCGUUUGAAAAAUCACGCGCUCUGGUUGUUUCUGCCUGGAUUAGGGAAUUCAGAUCGCAGUUCUGUGGAUCUCUUUAGUUUUGAUUCUGCAAUUUCCCAGAAGUUUUACCUUCUGGGGAUUCUUAUAUUUGUCCGUGUUCAAGAUUUAUCUGAAAAUCUGUCGCACUCAUUUUGAGAUCUAGGGUUUGUUCAAGAGUUUUUUUUUUUUUUUUAAUUGGUUUGUUCAAGGGUUGCUGGUUUACUUCCAUGUGGUUUCUAGAUCUUGCAAAACAAUAGAUAAAAUGGAGUCCCUAUCUGCUCAAACUCAAGGUGAUGUCAAGUCCAGUGGCGAAAACAUUCUAAGCGCCGUUGUUCCCUUGUUGAAGCUCCUCACCCUCACUAUUAUAGGCCUGGUCCUUGCCCACCCGAAAACCCAAAUCAUUCCCAGGGCCACUUUCAAGCUUCUCAGCAAGCUGGUCUUUGCUCUGUUCUUGCCUUGCACCAUCUUCGUUCACCUUGGGGAAUCCAUUACGGUCAAGAACUUCAUUCACUGGUGGUUUAUCCCCGUGAACGUGAUUCUCGCUACUGUCAUUGGUUGUUUGCUGGGGUACUUGGUGGCCAAGAUAUGCCGGCCGCCUCCCGAAUUCGUUAGGUUCACUGUUAUUGUGACAGCGUUUGGGAACACUGGGAACCUGCCCUUGGCCAUUGUUGGGUCUGUGUGCCAUAGUGCAGAUAACCCGUUUGGUCCCCAGUGCCACAGAACUGGCACGGCUUAUGUUUCUUUUGCUCAAUGGGUUGCUGUACUGCUUGUUUACACCCUUGUGUACCAUAUGAUGGAACCCCCAUUGGAGUACUACGAGGUGGUCGAGGAGGAACGGGUUGAGAAUCCUGAAAUUGAAGAACAAGUAGCGGUCAAUGAUAUCAGCAGGCCGCUCCUCGUGGAAGCAGAGUGGCCGGGGAUGGAAGAAAAAGAAACGGAACAUUGCAAGACACCCUUCAUAGCCAGGAUCUUUACUAGCUUGUCUAAUGUUUCUCAAGGCUCGGCCCCGGAUCCUGAUUCACUGGAGGGAGGAGGAACAAGGAGCCCCAAAUCUAUCAGGUGCUUGGCCGAGCCCCGGAUGGUUAGAAAAAUUAGAACAGUGGCAGAGAGGACACCGGUUCAGCACAUCCUGCAGCCUCCAACAAUUGCCACUCUCUUGGCCUUCAUCGUCGGGAUGGUCCCUCCCCUCAAAUCCUUUGUUUAUAGCGAUGAUGCUCCUCUUUCAUUUGUUCUGAGCAGUUUGGAAAUCCUGAAUGAAGCAAUGGUUCCCUCAGUAAUGUUGAUUCUGGGAGGAAUGCUGGCUGAGGGCCCGAAUGAAUCGAAACUGGGAAUCAGAACUACAUUUGGGAUAAUUGUAGCAAGGCUUUUGGUGCUUCCAGUGGCUGGAAUUGGGGUCGUUUGGGCGGCUGACAGAUUGAAUUUUUUGGUUGCAGGGGACCAGAUGUACAAGUUUGUGCUCUUGUUGCAGUAUACUAUGCCCAGUGCCAUUUUGUUUGGAGCAAUUGCUAGCUUGAGAGGCUAUGCAGUGAGAGAAGCUUCAGCUCUCCUCUUCUGGCAGCAUAUCGUUGCAUUGCUCUCUAUUUCACUCUAUAUCAUUCUCUACUUCAGAUUGCUUCCUUUUUAUCUGUGAGGUUUUGUGAGACAAAUACUUGAAGAAGACUGAGAAUAAGGACGAAAAAAGGAUCACAAAUGUUGGGAAUAUCAGCCCUUUCUACCAGAAGUUUUCAACCUUUUUUUGUGCUUCUUGUGUUCAGUUCUAGGUAACUAGUUUAUAAGAAGAUGUUCUAUUUGUUAUUGGGUGAAAAUUCUCUACUGUAAGUGCAUUUUCAUGUUUCAAAGCCAUGAGAUGUCUCUUGUCUGUAUUAUUAUUAUUAUUAAAAUAGAGUUUAUAUAUUUUCAUUA